GAAAAGACCCACUGACAGAAAAGAAUGUCAAUUUUUGCAGAAAAAACAACCGAAAAUAUAAUUUUUGAAUCACGGCCUGACGACGAUGAGCCUUUUGGAUUUAGAAUGGUGGAUUUAUCUAUUUAUAGUCUUAUCUUUCUUCAUGACAUGCUUGGGACUUAACUAUGUGGUUAAGAAAAUCAAUGAAGCGAAGAUAGACGAGAGAUUCAUAAGAUUGCUUCAUAAAGCUUCAACAACGCAGGCAACGCAAGUUAACGGGCCACUAAUUGUAAUGGAAACUACCAAAGGAAUAAGACAGAACAGUUCUAGAUCAGCACAGCCCUCUCCUACAGGCAUCUCUCUGGUAUUCAACCAAGAGGAUAAUAAAAGAAAACAGGAUCUAGAUGAGACAUAUAAUAUCAUUAAAAACUCCAUCGACCCAAAGAGAUUUGACUCUUUAUCUCUUAAUUCAAAAUUCUCACAAGAAACAGUAGACCUGCCUAUGACUAAAACUGAACAUUAUAUAAACGAGAUUGUAACAAACAAAAUUAUUGAAUCCGCACACAAAGUUAACACAGCUGCGCCUAAAGAAACUUCUUCUCUAGCUCAAAAUAAUUGCAAUGGAACUGAUAUUAAAACAGUUCUUGUCAAAAAGAAUGAAUACGGAUACCCGUCUAUUAAAGAAACUACGUCAACUGAUCGAAGCGAUUGUUACAUUACUGAAGUAAUGGCUGUUACAAAGAAUGACACAGGAUUCGUUCCAGCAAAAAGAGCUUUACCCACUACCGAUUAUAAUAGAAGAGAGAUUAUCGCCCUAAAAGAUACAGAACGUAUAAUAGCGAAGGAAACAACAUAUCUUAUCCAGAGCGAUAAUAACGACCGCGAUAAAGACGCGCACAACCCAAAGACUAAAUCUUCAGAUAAAUCCGAAAAUGAAGCAGCUUCAUCAGGUCCACGGAGUGCUGAUGACAACGAACCUUCAGCAAUCAAAAAGCCUGAUCCAAAUAGAACUGUUGCCAAACCUAAUGUUCCCGGUAUGAAAAUAACAGAAUCGAAAAUUAGAGAAGCUAUUACUAAAGCGAAAGAAGAAAUAGACGCAAUCAAUUUAAAAAAGAAAGCACUAGAGAGUAGCUUGGAAAAAAACACUGAUGCAACAGCAACUAACAAGGAAGGUUCACCGACCAACAAAACUGCAGGUUCAAUUUUUGUUAAAGAAACUCUACCUAAAAGUGGUCGCGUUGUAACUGAAUCAAGUCCCGUCAAACUCAGUGAUUCUGGAAACAGUAAUGCAAAAAACUAUUCGUCUCAUAUCCAUGGUCAUGCGACUGAAAAGCCAGUAAAAAUUAGCGACUCCUCACAACUACGUCCCCUUAAAAUUAGUGACUCUGAUGCAACGAAAAACAUUUCAUCCCAUGCUAUUAGUGUUCCAAAUGUCAUAGCAAACCCAUUAAAGCCAAAUAAAUCCGGGCAACUUGCUGCAAAAGACACAUCAUUGCAUAUCAAAAAUGUCAAUAGCAGUGACAAAUUAAGUUCGCCUAAAAGGACUGAACACAUUGCUACCAAAAUAACCUCACCGAAUACAAGAACUGAUCAGAAAGUGAGUAGGGAAGCGACGGAGAAUAAGACCGAUAAAAAAGAAGAAAAUGUGUUUUCGGAUACAAGUCCAGCCCACACUCAAAGUCAUCGUCACGACCCUGCGAUACACAGUGCAGUUCCAGCAACAAAAAGUGAACCCAGGCACUUGCCUGACCAAGUACCACCUAAUAUUGGUAAUGUUCAUAAAGAGGCUGUAGAAAAACCUGGUAAAAUAAAACCUGAACACAUUACUGCAACUCCGAUUGCAUCCCCUGAAAUUGGACGAGAAGCUGCUAAGCCAAAGUCAAUGCAGCCACACAGUGAUCAAAAAGAGAGGGAUGGCGUUACCGUUAAAAAAGACCUUCAUACUACGAGUACUGCACCCCACACUGAAACUCAUACUAAUAUAGCCAAAGAAACCAUUAAACAGAGUGAACACGGCCAAGAAGCCGUAAAACCAACCCCAUUGCAUCCUCGAGGUGAUCAUAGAGAUAAACAAGAUGUUACUGGUACAAAAGAGUUCACCGGACAUGCUUUAACUGCUACUCAUUCUCAUACUCAAACUGAUCAUAGCGUAGAUCCCACCAAAAAGACAGAAUUGCAACGAGAAGCUGUCAAGGCAACGUCGCAUGGACAUGGUGUUAAGAAGAAUGAAGACAUUGCUGGCAAAAUUGAAACUGGUCAUAAUGUACCCGCAAUUAUUCCUGCAAAGAUAGGUGAACAUGUAAUUGCACCUCAAACAAUAGCUCAUCAUCCAGCAAAUGAAGGUCUGGCUGGUAAAAAAGAAGAAAAGAGGACAGUUCGGAGAACUCCUAAAGAUACUACUUCAUCUGGUACACAAACUGACCCCAAAAUAACCAAAUUUGGUAAAAGAUAUGAAUCCGACCGAAAAGAUAUCAAAGGGCUUUCAACACUAGCUCGUAGCGAUCCAAAACCCCUUGAAGGAGUAGUGAAGAUAGAAAAAGCCGGUCCAAUUGCGGCUACGGAAACAGUAUUCCAUCCACAAACUGACCAUACUGCAACCGGAAUAAUUCCUGUUACAAUGAGUGGACGAAUUGCUGCUAAGCAAAUAACAGUAAAUACCCCAAGCAAUCGAAAUGUAACUGAAUUGGUGCCUAUUAAAAUGAGCAUACCCACAAAUAAAGCCCUAAAUAAUGAAGGUGAAACUACUACAGCUACUCACCGAAGUGAUGUAGGUAAUAUUAAAAUAAAUGAACCUGUGCCAAUUACAAUAGAAAGAAAUGUUCCAGGAAUUUCAGCCAUUACAAAACCUAACACACCUACGCAUUCAAGCAGUAUCCCUAAGAAAACCAUCGAUCCUAAUGUCUCACAGAGUGACGAACCUCAAGGUACGACUGAAAAUUCACAAACAGGUUUAAAAGAGAGACUCAAGGCCCUAUUGAGCCCGCCAGUCUUGAACGAGGACGUUAUGGUAUUGAAACCAAGCCCUAGCUCGAAAAAGUGAUAAUAACACUUAUUUUGAUUAAGUAAAUUUUAAUUUAGUACAUAUUUAUGUUAUGGCACUUAUGUGAGUGUAUAGUUUUAUUUACCCAAUGGAACCCUGAUUGAGGCCCUGAAUGAAACUAUUGUAGGAUUAUAUUAUUAAAUUAAAUUUA